AUGUCUGUCUGCAUCAAGUAUCGAGGACGAAUUGCCAUCAUCACGCUAAAUGUCCCAGCCAAGCUCAACGCCCUGACAUCCGACGGGUACUUUGACCUGGCAAACUGCAUGCGAAAAGCGGCCAAAAACCCGGAUAUCUUAGUUACAGUGUUGACCGGCAGUGGCAGACUGUUCUCAGCUGGCGCAGAUAUCCAACCCGCAGGGGUUACAAAGACCGAUGGUCAACGUUCCACGUUAUCAAUACAACAAGAGCCGCCACCAGGGCAGGACCCGCCGUCUCGUCAGAUGCAGCUGCGGAACCUUGCACACAUCAUCGAAGUGACUGAAGCAUUCUAUGCACACCCAAAACUGCUGGUGGCGGCAUUAAAUGGUCCGUGCGUAGGGCUUUCAGCCGCCCUGGUCGCACAUUCCGACUUCAUAUACGCCAUGCCCCACGUCUACCUCUAUUGUCCUUUCACGAGUCUCGGGAUUACCGCGGAAGGUGGCUCAACAGCCCUAUUUAGUCGCCGUAUGGGCUUCAAAGUCGCCGCCGAGGCUCUGAUCAUGUCGAAACGCAUCCAGUGCGAGGAAUUGGUCCGGUGUGGAUUCAUCAAUGAGGUUUUCGACACUGGGAAGGAGGUGGAUCUGUUCCUCGAACGGGUAAUUCUUGAGGUUGAGACGCGCUUGCUGGCGAAGCUCGACCCCUCCAGUAUGCUACAGGUCAAGGCUUUGAUGAGAAAGCCAGAGAUACCCCUGUUAGCAUCGCAAACCAUUGCAGAAACUAUGGGAGUGGUCGAUAGUCUUGCAAGGGCUGCGGAAACAGCAAAAUCCGUGAAAUAUGGCAGGAGGGGUGCUCGUUUAUGA